CUGCCUUCCUCCCAGCACCCCCCUGGCCUGGGCCUGGGCCCGGGCCCGAGGAAGCGCCUUGCCCAAGCCCAGGGCUCCGCGGAGGUCGCCGCGGCCCAGCCUUGUGUCCUAUUGGGGUGGGCCGGGCCCCGGGGGACUGGGGUGGUGGCUCGGGGGUGCCCUGCGUCGGGACGUUCUGGGGACUGUGUCCUGACCACCUGUUCCGGAGCGGGACCAAGUGUUUCGGUAGCGACUUUGUCCUCAAAGACCCAGAGCGUGUUUCCCGGGCGCGCAGCAGGAAGGAGGAGGAGCCGGCUCCUCAGCCAGCCUCUCCAGUGGCACCUGGAGCAGCAUUCGGGAUGGAGCUGGGGUUUGGCGCGGCAUUGGGGCAGCCCAGCUAUUCCUUUACCAGGGUCUUGGUCUGGCUGCUCUGGAGGUCUAAAAAAGAGCUGAUGAGUCUCAAAGGUGAAAGUUGAGACAAGCCUGGAGUGUUUCUUGAAUGUCUCCAGGAGACAAUGUUUCCUGAGAAUAAAGGGCUCAGCAGCAGGAAGCCCUGUAGUGCUGUGCCGGCCCGCUGCCUCCUUGCCUGGACAGGCCGUGGAUAUCUCAGGGGCAGUGGAGUUCAGCCCGGUGAGAGGAUCUUGCAGUCAUGAUGCAAUAGUUCCUUUUAGGAGGAUUCAGGACACGUCUGCAUCUCUGUGAUCUGCCUGUUGCUCCUCGUGAGAGACUUUUCUGUAGGACUGCAGUGGGGAGGAACGUGUGUGUGCUGUACUGCCGGUCUCUGCUGGAAACUGAGGUGUUGAUGUUAGAACUGCUCUGCAUUUGCUCCUUGCUGCUUUCUGAGUCCUGAUCUCUUUGGGAUGCCCUCAGCCCUCCAUGGGGUUACACAGCCAGCAAAGAUGCUGCUGUAGAUGAGUGAUUCGCUCAUGCCUCGUGUGCUAUGGCUCUACAUGGCCUCUGCAGGACCAGAACGCGCUGAUCUGGGCCCUGAACUGGAGAAGAGCAUCGGGCUCACAUCAGGCACCCUUCUGGCAGGGAGACCUCAGCCACGCCAGACCUGGCACCUUGCUCAGCAGCAAGUGAAACCCAUCUGGAAUUCAGAGAAGAAGAAUGCGAGUGCUUUCCAGAGUUAUAGCCUCCUGCCCUCAGGGAUCCCUCUGCAGCAAUCCUGCCUUUUGUGUGUGCCGUCACUAAGCCAUGCACACCCCAGUGAAGAUGCUCUCCUGAGCCCACCCUCAGCCCAGUCCUGCCUGGACCCGGGUGGGAUUCCUCUGCUCUGCCAGAGGUCCUGCCCCAAACCCCAGUCCUGUGGGUUUCCUUUCCAAAACCCUCAGAACACCAGCUCUGCUGAGGGAAGUGUGAUGGCUUCCUCGGUGAUGGAGCCCAGCCUGCUGCCUGCACUAGUUGAGGAGCACUCGGGGACUGGAGUGAAAGGCUCUGCCCUUAGCUCAGAUCAGCAAGCUUCCAGCUCCUAUAGACCAGUGCUCAGUAGCAACUCUUUUCUACAGCCAAGCAGUUCUAAAGUGCCUUUUCUGCAGUCUCUGGAAAUCAAGAAGGCGAAAAGCACCCACAGCGCCCCUGCUGCCUCAUCUCUCCACUCUAGGAAAGAUGGAGACAGCUCCCACAGCAACCUGGUACACAGAGCAAUGAAAAACAGUGACUUUGUGUUGGAGAAAACCACAAUUCCCUCUGUGAGAUGCUGUGAGCCCAGCAGUGCAGUCCUCAGGAAGGACCAGUGCUCAUGGAAGGACUCUGAGAGGAGAGCUCACAGUUUGAAAGAGAAAGAGCAGCAGAUCAGCCUCACAAAGGCUGUGCAGCAGCUGGGAAGACAGACUGCCACAUGCAAUGGCUCUGGACACAAAGCUGAAAGCUCUGGCCUUACAAAUGUGGGCAGGCUGUCCCACUGCAACAGCAGGUGGGGGCAGCACAUCAUAGCACAGCUCACCCCAAAAGAAACCAUCACUCCUCUGAACUUGGAGGUGGGUGGCCAUCGCCUUAGCAGCAGCUCAAGCCCUGCAGGCACCAAGGGUGCUGCUGUCUGCACUAAGCGUAUCAGCGCCCGCCUCCUGGCCUCGCGUGCUGGCUCUGCAGACCACAAGGCUGACAGCCGGUGUGUGAGCAGGCUGAGCCCCCCUGAUGGGGACAGGGUGGCCAGAGCAGAGCCUUCACCCCUUGCUGCUAUCCACAGAGUCACAGCUCAGGUGUCCACCAUCCAACUAGAGGAAGAGGAGAAGCAGGCCUCGCCUGCGCUGCCGGAUAAGCCUGAUUCUAGUGUCACUGCUGAGCAGUCACCCCUGGAGCUCAGCCAUCCCCAGGAUGAAGUGGAGGAAGAACUUCCUGAUGGCCUGGGUGACAGCUGCAGUGAGGAGGAGGAUGAUGAUGAGGACAGUGACUCAGAUGCUUCCUCUCUGACUGGUGUGUCAACCCCUGGCUCUGUGGCUCUGGUGUCCAGGAAAUGUGUCGAGUACCUGGCCCAGCCCACUGAGGCUCAGGAGAAAGAGCUAAAACCAGCUCUUGUCUGCAGUUUAUUCCCUAAUGUGCCUCCAACCAUCUACUUCAGUACUCGGGAUGAGGCAGUGGAAAAGCUGCCGUGGGAGCAGAGGAAGCUGCUGCGAUGGAAAAUGUGCACAGUCACACCAAACAUAGUGAAGCAAACCAUUAGCAGGUCCCACUUCAGAGUCAGCAAAAAAAACAAUGACUGGCUGGGUUGCUGGGGCCACCAUAUGAAAUCUUCUGGCUUCAAAGCCAUCAAGGAGCACCAGAAGCUAAACCACUUCCCUGGUUCAUUUGAAAUCGGGAGAAAGGACCGUCUGUGGCGCAACCUGUUGAAGAUGCAGGCUCGGUGUGGAAAGAAGGAGUUUAACUUCUUUCCCCAGUCCUUCAUCCUGCCCCAGGACAUCAAAUUACUCAGGAAAGCAUGGGAGGAAGGAGCUAGCAGCCAGAAAUGGAUUGUGAAACCACCAGCAUCAGCAAGAGGCAUUGGUAUCCAGGUCAUCCACAAAUGGAGUCAGCUCCCCAAAAAAAGACCGCUGCUGGUACAGAGGUACUUGAACAAGCCCUACCUCAUUGGCGGGAGGAAGUUCGACCUAAGGAUCUACGUUUACGUCACUUGCUAUGACCCCCUCAGGGUCUACCUGUUCAAGGAUGGCUUGGUUCGCUUUGCUAGCUGCAAGUACUCGUCCUCAAUGAAGAGCCUCAGCAACAAGUUCAUGCACUUGACAAACUACAGUGUGAACAAGAAGAACACAGAGUACAAGCCCAACUCAGAUGAGACUGCUUGCCAGGGACACAAAUGGGCCCUGAAAGCUCUCUGGAGCUACCUGACCCAGAAAGGAGUUAAUAGCAAGGCCAUCUGGGAGAAGAUUAAGGACAUCGUUAUCAAAACCAUCAUUGCAUCUGAGCCCUACGUGAACAGCCUGGUGAAGAUGUACGUGCGGCGGCCGUACUGUUGCCAUGAGCUGUUUGGGUUUGAUAUCAUGCUGGAUGAAAACCUCAAGCCGUGGAUCUUAGAGGUCAACAUUUCCCCAAGCCUCCACUCCAAUUCCCCACUGGACGUGAGCAUCAAGGGUCAGAUGAUCCGGGACCUCCUCAAUCUCGCUGGCUUUGUUCUUCCCAGCACGGACAGUGUGGCCUCAGGGCCACAGACAAGAACUAGCACUACUUGCAGUAUGGGCAGUGCUUUGAAGGAGGAGCCCAAGCCAACAUCUGAGCAUUUCAUGGCAGAGAAGAUGAAGAAAGCCUAUUACUUGACACAGAAGAUACCUGACCAGGAUUUUUAUUCUUCUGUCUUGGACAUCCUGACCCCAGAUGAUGUUCGCAUCCUGGUGGAGACAGAGGAUGAGUAUUCCCGACGUGGGCAGUUUGAGCGGGUGUUCCCCACCCACAUCUCCAUGCGAUAUUUGCCCUUUUUCGAGCAGCCUCGUUACUUCAACAUCCUGGUGACCCAGUGGGAGAUCAAAUACUACUUGAAUAAACACCAAGGUCUGGAGCUACUGAAGAAUUGGUGUGUCAAAGGAUACCACACUGGGGCAGGGACGGAUUUGGCCCAGAUGUGGUCAUUGCCAAAGUCUUUCUUCCCCCAGAAAAGCAGCAUUCAAUGGAAUAGCUUCAGCAAACUGGAACUGGGCAGACUGAGUAGAAUGGAGUCUCCUUUCUCCUGCAGCACACUCCUCCCUUCAGCUGGUGAGGACCCCACGAGAAGCCUGGAGCCCAGCCCUACUCAGGGCUUACCUCUCAACAUGUGCACUGGUGGAGUCAAACAGAAACCUGAUGGUAGCCUCUUGGACACCACCCUGGCCAUGUGACCAGGCAGCUGCCAUCCCUUCUUGAAGACACCUCAACCUACCUCAAAGGAAGAGACAGGAGCUGGCUCUGGAGAAUAAAGACUGGGAGCCCCCUGUGCUGCACAGUUGCCUGUGGGGUUGUUUUCAGAGAGGAAUGUUUUACUGUGCAAAAAGGAGAGCUGUGUGACUUCCAUUUUUAAAACAAAUAGCAAAGCCUGGGCAAGUGGGGUUUGUCUGGCCUUUGUCCUAGGUUGCUCUUGAAGCCUGGUGUGGUGGUGGUUUCUUUGCUGCGUGGGAGUUGGCUGAGCUUGGAGUCAGCCUGGCCUUCCCAUCUCUGAGCCUUUGCUCACCUGUUGUCUCUGUGCUCCUGUCCUGAGCUGCUGGGAGCUGCCUCUGCCCUGCUGCAUCCUGGCCCCUGGAGAAAAAUCACGUCCACCACCUGGCUUCUCUGGAAGGAGCAGGGCUUGGGACUUUCAACUGACCCCUUUCAUCUUUUCUGAAUGCCUGUGCCAACAUCCUGCCCUUCCCCCAGCCCUGGGGUCUGGGAGAAACUUUGGGCUUGCACAUUGCUUGCUGUUCAAGAGAGACCACAGCUACCAGCAUGGCUCUACUGUGUCAUGAGGACAGUAGGGCUGCAAGUGAGCAUCCUCUCCAGGCUUUCAGCUCUUCCAAGUGACUUGCAGCAUGUGUGUGGGGACUGCAGACUGGUGCACUUCUCUUGGGCUCUGCUCUCUAUUUUCCCUUUGUUUCUCAAGGAUUUCUAUUAAAGUUUAACACUC